CGGAACAAACAAGUUCUGGAGCCAUGGCGAUGUUUGGAAAGGUUUUGGAGCCAGUGGGCUACAUGCAGACUGUGAGGGUCCUGGUCCAGGGCAUCUGCUCCUAUCUGGGCGGCGGCGCCACAGCAGAGGAGAGCGAGUUGGCCAAGAAGAACCUGGACCACAUCGAUCAGGAGCUGGGAGCGUCGGGUCACGGCCUGCUGGACGACCAGGAGGUGCACCGGCUGGAGGACGACCUGGCCGUGGUGUACUACCAGCUGGGCACAGCGGUGAGGGCCCAGUCAGACUUCACCAAGAAGGAGACGGAGGUGUUCCUGCAGUACGUGCAGGACUACCGGCUGGAGAGGCAGCUGACGGCGCUCUACAGCCGCCUGAUGGGCGUGUCGGCGCUCACCGACCAGCCCACGCUGCUGGAGGAGCUCAUCCUGAGCCGCAAGCCCAAACGCUGGGAGCUGAGGGAGUUCUGCGUCAAGAUUAACUUCGUCCUGGGCACCGGUCUGCUGUGCCUCUUCACGCAGGCGUCUCUGACGGGCAGAGACCAGGCCCUGCUGAUGAAGACCUGGUCCGACCGCAUGGGCGCCCUCUACAGGAAGAUGAAGAACCAGGGAGGCCGCUGCUUUGGCUACUUCCUGGAGCAAGCGGAGGGUGACGUGCGGCAGCAGCUCCAAGAGGCCGUGCAGAACCGCGCGCCCCCAGAGGAGGCAGCGACGAGCAUCCUGAAGACCCUGGAGAAGAACUACGAUUGGCUGCGCUGGGCGGUGAUGCUCCACCCCGCCGUGGGACCAAUGGAGGACGAGAAGGACGAGGAGCCGGAGGAAGCAAAGGAAGUCUCGCCGCCGCCACAACAACAGCAGCAGCUCAACAAUUUGAUUUCUGUGGCGUCCGAAGCGCCCGUCCCCCACGUGGUGGCGUGCUACCGCGACACCCCGACGUCGCUGGACAAGAGCCGCAUCCACCAGCUCAUCGUGGACCUGGAGUGGAAGAUCCCCAACCCGCCGCCGGAGGUGUACACGUCCAUCGAGGAAGACCCGGGCAGAGCGCGGCGCUACCUGGCCUCGCGCAUGCUGAGCAAGCUGCAGGAGGGCCUGGGGUCCGGCGUGGCGGUCCACGUGGUGCCGGGCAGGAUGGAGAUGAAGUGCAACUUCCCCCCGGCCUCCUUCUACCUCUACGAGUACAAACACCGGCUGGCCUCGGGCACCGUGUGCGUGUUUGGAUGAGAGAUGAGAGUAAAGGCUGUCCUCACAGAUGUUUCAUAAUCACAUCAUAGCGUCGGCUUUAUUUUCUGUUUGCUUUCACAGUGGUAUUAACAUGUCUUGUGUAAUAUUACUUCCGAAUAAAUGUCAUUUUAGAAAA